GUGUUAAGGGUUUACAAACGUUUCCGGGAGUUGCGUCCAGAUUUAAUACCAAGGCAAAUGACGGAUAAUCAAGUGUGUAACGUAAGAGUUCCACGAAGCUUCAUUGAAAAAAUGCCAGAGUUAAAGGAAAAUCCUUUUAAAUCUCGUAUAUGUCAAGCAUUUUCACGAGAUGGUCUUGGACAUUUAUCUUUCGAGGAAUUUUUGGAUUUCUUAUCAAUUUUCAGCGAACAAACACCUCGUGACAUAAAAGUUUUUUAUGCAUUCAAAAUUUAUGAUUUUGAUCAAGAUGGAUUCAUUAAUCAGUCAGACAUAAAAUCAAUUCUCGCGAUAAUGACAAAAAAUGAGUUGAGUCCAGAGGAACAACAACAAAUCGCAGAAAAAGUUAUAGAAGAAGCUGAUGUUGAUGGAGAUGGGCAACUUUCUUUACUAGAAUUUGAGCAUGUUAUUUUACGUGCACCCGAUUUUUUGACUACAUUUCAUAUACGAAUUUAAAUUUUUCUAUAUAAAAUUUAAAUCAAAAUUUUAAAUUUUUGAACGGUGACUUAUCCUACCUACAUUGGUGAACAAUUAUUAUA